AUGAAUAGAAAUGCACAAGAUCCUCCACCGCCACAAAAUCCACCUGUGAAUGGAGAUAUGGCAGGUGAAGAAGCAGCAAACCGAGUAGGAGAAAUUCCUAAUCUGAUCCUUCUAGCAGAUAAUCGAGAUGUAGCCAUGCGGAAUUAUGUCACUCAUGCGUUCCACAACCUAAAUUCAGGGAUAAAUAAUCCUUUACCCCAAGCCGCACAGUUCGAGCUCAAGCCAGUCAUGUUCCAGAUCUUACAGACGAUGGGCCAGUUCGGAGGAUUGACUAAUGAAGAUCCUUACUCCCAUCUCAAAUCCUUUAUUGAAAUAGCUAAUGCAUUUCAACUUCCGGGUAAUUCUGAGGAUGCACUAAGAUUAAAAAUGUUUCCUUUUUCUCUCAGGGAUGGUGCAAGGACUUGGAUUAACGCAUUAGAACCAAAUUCUAUCAACACAUGGGCAGAACUGACGGAUAAAUUUUUGGCAAAGUACCACACUUUGACCAAGAACGCAGACCUCCGAGAGGACAUUGUGUCUUUUAGACAGAAGGAGAACGAAGCAGUUCAAGAAGCUUGGGAGCGUUUUAAGGAGUUACUUAGAAGAUGCCCGAGCCAUGGAUUGCCCUCAUGUGUGCAGAUUGAACAAUUCUAUAGAGGAUUGGAUCGUUCAUCAAAGAUGAUGUUGAAUACCCUAGCCAAUGGCUCGUUGUUAGAGAAGUCGGUAAAUGAGAUUGUUGAUGUCUUGAAUAAGAUGACAGACAUUAAUGACCAAGGCGAAAUGGGAAGGUCAUUACCAAAGAAGCAAGUAUCAACUGGAAUCUUUGAGUUAGACACAGUAGCUUCAAUGCAAGCCCAAAUGGCAGCUAUGAACCAAAUGUUAAAGCAGUUGACAAUGGAGAAGGAAACCAAAACCGUCACUUCGGCGAUACCUGAACACUCUCCUAUUUUGCAAAUUUCAGAUAUAUCUUGUGUCUAUUGUGGUCAAGGUGCCCAGCGGAAUUUCAACCCGUAUUCAAACACUUACAACCCUGGAUGGAGGCACCAUCCAAACUUUUCCUGGAGUAACCAAGGAGUAGCUAGUAGCAGUGCACAAGCACCCGCUCAACAAUACAAGUAA